AAUGCAGGAGAUAUCUGGAUCACAACGUGAGAGACACGGUAUUGGAAACUGAGUACUUGGAAAGGAUCUGCGUCCCAAGCUGAUAAAGGGUUUACCUCCUUUUUCUCCAUUUUUGAAUUGCUCGUUCUGGUAAAGUUACCGGUUGGGGUUUGUCUCGACUGUUCUGGUAUUUUUUACCCGACUUAUCCGGCUUGAUCCCUCCUGAUCGCUGAUCAGAGCUGUCACUCGUUUGUUGUCAAGAUCCGUCAGUCAGUCGCUGCAAGGUUUUGGCUUGCACUACUUUGCACCCUGCAUUCUGUUGAUUUUCACUCUUUUUAGUAGUUGAUCGAGCUGUCUAGACUCUUUGGUUUUUUUUUCUUCCUUUUUGAUGACGCAAAGGGGUAUCAGCUCCUGACACCCCAGCUGGCUUUUUAUUGUCGAGAUCGCCAUUUUCGACAACCAAAGAAAGAGGCUAUUACUGAGCAACAACUUGGACCUGCUUACGUCCAGGAGUACGGCGCCUAGACAAAUCAUCUGGAGUAGCUCCAUAUUCUCGGCUCUCCAUCGAUUUUUCGGACCGCUUUGGAUACAACGCGUUUGUUGCGCCCCUCAUCACGUCUGGUCUGAUUUUUGUUCCUCACUUAUCACUCAGACGACUUGAGCGGAUGGGUUAUCCCAUCGACAGCCAGCAAACAUGACCACACCAGAUAGACACAACACCUACAAUGAAAAGAUGGGGGACCCUGACCGCCUGGCUCCCGACCAGGCUACACUUCACGAGGAUGAAUCAAGGGAAUACACGAGCCGCUUGACCGAUGAUCUCGAGCUUCUUCGGGCUGAGAGGCUCGUCACGACCCAUGAGCAAGAGUCCCAUUCAAGGACUUCGAGAGAUCACCGGCGCCGAGCACCAUCACCCAUCCCAGAAGAUGCAUUCAAUGAGCAGAUCGACGAGAAGGAACAGCUUGCUGCCCCGGGUCAGCACCAGGAGCCACCGACGCUGGCCAACAAGGCCUGGGUCAAGAUAAAAAAGUUCCCUCGCGUCAUCCGCUACCUAGUCUACUGGAUGCCUGUGGCUGCGAUCCUGCUGGCUCCCAUCCUCAUCGAUAUCCUCGCCUUGGACAACGAUCAGCCACGUGUGGGAGGUGAAGGGGGCGUGCAGCUGUAUUGGUUCGGCAUCUGGCUCCAGAUCCUCUGGGGCACCCUUUGGGCUUCGCGGUUCCUGUGUGCCAUCAUGCCCUAUCUGUUCAAGUGGUGCGCCAAGAUGGUCGGUUCCAACAACCACAAGAAGUGGCUUGACGUCGGCAGAGGCCUCGAGCUGCACACGGCCUUGUUUAUUUGGAUGCUUGCGGUGCUCGUCUCGUACGGGCCCACCCUAGACACGGGCAGGCCGGACGGCAAGCCUUUUGUGAACUGGAUCGACGUCGUUUUCAAGGUCAUCAUUGCGCUCUUUGUGCUGGCCGCGCUCAACUUUAUCGAAAAGAUCUUGAUCCAGUGGAUCGCCAACUCGUUCCACCGCCGCACGUAUGCCUACCGAAUCGAGGCCAACAAGAGAGACAUUCAGUACCUGGUCUCGCUCUACACGUACUCGCGCACCAUGAUCGAGCAGGAGGAAGGGUGGAGCCCCAACGGCCAGAGCCCCAUGACCGGAGCGAGGACGCCCAUGCAGGCUCUGCAGCGGAACGCCCGAGACGCCUUUACGCGUGUCGGCAACGUCGCCAACAGGGUCGCUGGUGACUUUACCGGUCGCAAGAUCCUGGACGAGAACCACCCGCAAAAGGUGGUGGCUGAGCUGCUGCGUUCCACUCCCACCAGCUUCACGCUGGGCAGGAUGAUCUUUCGCACUUUUGUCACGCCCGGAAACGAGACCCUGACGCUCGAGGACUUCCAAAAGGUCUUUGAUAACACCGAAGACGCCGAGGCGUGUCUGGGCGUCUUUGACAAGGACCUCAACGGCGACGUGUCGAUGCAGGAGCUGGAGCUGGUCUGUAACGAGAUCCACCUCGAGAAGAAGGCCAUCGCUGCGUCCCUCAAGGAUUUGGACUCGGUCAUCAAGAAGCUCGACAAGGUCUUUAUGUUCAUCGUCCUGGUGAUUGCCAUCAUUGUCUUUGUCUCCAUCAUCUCGGGCUCCGCAGCCGCUGCUCUUGGAUCGGCAGGCACCACGGUGCUGGGUCUGGCGUGGAUGCUGCAGGCGACCGCGCAAGAGUUCCUCCAGUCCAUCAUCUUCGUCUUUGUCAAGCACCCCUUCGACGUCGGCGACCGUGUGCGCGUUUACGGCAACACUGGUGAUAUGAUGACUGGUGAUGACUACUACGUGCAGGAGAUCUCGCUGCUCUACACCGAGUUCAAGAAGAUGCAGGGUCACGUCGUGCAGGCGCCCAACUCGCUGCUCAACAACCUCUUCAUCCUCAACCAGCGUCGAUCCAACGGCCUCGCGGACCCCAUUGUGCUCAAGGUCCGAUUCGGUACCACCAACGAGGUCAUCGAGGAGCUGCGCGACCGCAUGACCGACUUUGUGCUGGAGAACAAGCGCGACUACGGCCCCCGCAUCAUCACCGAGGUCAGCACCAUCGACGAGGUGUACUCGGUCACGCUCAGCUUCGUCUUCUUCCACAAGUCCAGCUUCCAGAACGAACUGCUGCGUCUGCAGCGCCACAACCGCUUCGCCGGCGAGCUGAUGCGGCAGAUGGCCCUGCUGGGCAUCGAGGGCCCGCGGAAGCAGCAGCCCGGUGGUACCAAGGACCUACCCUUCUACUGGACCAGCGUCCCGCCGCCAGCGUUUGAGCCGGCCACAACAUAUGUCACGCCGCGCCCGGAGCAGCCGCAGAGCCAGCCAAGCCAAGACGGAACAGCCACCAGCCCCGUCGUGCCGUUCCCAUCCCUGAGCAUCCACACGUCAGACCAAGAACGCCAGCAGCAGCUGCAGCGGGAGCUUCAGCAACAGCAGCAGCAGCAGCAGCAGAACCAACAGCAGCCGACAGCCGUGUCCUCCGGGGUGACGCCGUCGACGACAUCAGUCCGGCGACGCCGCGGCCCAUCCGUCGUGAUAGACCACGGGCCGGACAUGUUCCAGGACGUGUACGGCAGCCGACGUCACGACACGAGCGCGCAGCUCGCACGCCUGCAGAGCAUCCGCGCGGCAGAGCACACGAUCCAGCCGCCGAUGCACUCGCCUUCGUCGCCGGGCAUCGAGCGCACCGCCACGCGCGGCAGUCUCCACAGCCUCGGCCAGCACCCUUCGCGGAGAUUCUGGUCGCGGCGCGAGGCGAUACAGGAGCGCGAUGGCGGAGAGGGCGAUGAGAGACCCAUCGUGGGCAGCCCUAGCCCGCCGCCGCCUGGGGCGUCUGCUUCCAAGCUUAGUAGCGCCGAGAGGAUGGUGUGAAGUGCUGUUGUAUGAGGAGGGGAGAGUAACCAAAGAACAAAAUAACAACAACAACAACAAGAACAAUAAAAACAACUAAAGAUGGGUUAGAAUAGAAUGAAACUGGACCGGGGAUAUUGAUGACAUUCUCCUUUGUAUAAUCCUUGUGGUAAUAUCUAGUGUUAUUACAACAAAACUCUCAAUACCAUUUCAACUUUGAAGAAAUUGACAGGACCCAACACUUUCUCAACCUGGAACUAAGUCUAGAUAUCUAUUUUGCUGCUGCGACAACUUCAAACCACAGAACCCUUGUCACUCAACUUGUCACUGUGCACCUCGGUAACAACCGUCUUGGAGCUGCGCCUCCUCGCAACCAAAAACGCCACACCGCCAGCCAAACCAGCAACAGCGAGCGCGACCAAGGCGCCAAUGACACCGGCCACGGCGUUGGACAUGCCCGACAAGCCGCCCCUCUGCGAGGCGGCAACACUGCCACCGUCGCCGUUGAACGCCGCGCAGAACGACAUGCUGCUCUCGCAGACGCCGCACCACUCGGCAGCCGUGGCGAUGGAGCGGCCGUCCAUCUCGCGCGCGAACCGCGCCCAGGGCAG